AUGUUGGUGUAAGAGGGACCGUACCUUUGGUCAUGGAAGAAAGGGAUAGAUAAUGCGAGCGAAUAUCACAGACAAGGAAGAGAGGAAACACACUGCAUACGCAUGUACAUAUAUUAAUACAAGGUAUUAUUCAAUAACAGAUUCGUUUGAUAAGGAUCCCGAUUCUAUAAAAAAGGCGAAUGAUCAACAGAUCGAAGAACAUCUCUUAGAAUUUUACUGCUCGCACGGCAUCCAUCACAUUUGCUUUGCCUCUUACUGCCACCAGACACAGUGCCUUUCCUCCAGUGCCAUCAGCCAUCAGCCAUCAGCCACCAGCCACGGCCGCAGCAACUGCCUCCUGCCACUGCCUCACCUUGUGCCCUCUGCCUCCUGCCUGCUGCCUGCUGCCAGUGCCUUUGCAUUGAAG